UUCUUUGUGGGAAUGCAGUGGUGAACCAAGUUCUAGAGAAGCAGACAGUGCUGCGAAGUUCCUGCGAGAGAAACCAGCAAGGCUAUCAGAACUAGUCUCAUCAUCUACUCUGUAAUCAGGCAAACAGCGAAGCCCAUCCUCGCAUUCAAAGCCAUCAAACAGCUCGCCAUGCACGAGCAGCACCGACUGCCCGAUCCAGACUCAUCACGUGCGAGGCACCACAUCCGGCGAAUGGCCCAAGGCGAUGACGCGGUGGUUCCCCAGUUAACCGGCAGCAGGCAGCGAAUCAACGACGCAGCAGCAGGGUUGCAUCGAUCGCUUGGCGCCGAUCAACACAGACGCAGCAGCCGGGGCGUCCAAGCUUCAAGCGUAGGUUCGGACGACGCCAAACCUCCGCACCCAAGCUUUCCUACCUCCCCCUCCCUCUCUCCUACCCACACACACAAACACACCCUCUGUCGAGCCCCCCGUUCCACCUCGAGCCCUCGUCCAUCCGCGCGCCCUUAUACUGCUCGCCAGCUUUCGCGCCGUCGCACAGCUCUCGCGGCCCCCUCCCUCCCCUUCCUCUUUCGGCGUUCCCGCUUGCGCCGGCUCCCGAGCUUCAAAAGAGCUCGUUGCACCUGUCUCCCAGCUUCUUCCAUCUCCGCGCAUCGCCAUCAUGGCCGACCAAGAGGUCCAGAAGGGCGACCAAGGUACGUCUGCCCGCAGCCUGCCUUUGGCGUGAGCGGCGCGCGUCUCCUGACCCAUUGACGCCGUGUCAUACGUUGUCGUCCGACGCGCCGCGCAUCACGCGCAUCGCCCACGACGUCGCCGCUCCCGCUGCUUCCUCCGGGCUCGCUUCGCUGACGUGCUUCUCCCGCCUACAGUCUCCUGGAACUGGGGCAGCAA